AUGCCGAUAAAAACACCAGAUUUCUUGUCGCCAUCAUUUUCGAAUGGUGAGCAACAGGCCGAGGACGCGAAACCAGGUUAUUCAGAAAGUAACAUUCUUGAGAGCAGCAGUGCCAGUUCGGAGGAUGACGAAAGUAGCAAGAAUCGCAAGCGUAGUGCAUCGGUUGAGACAUGGUCUCCAAAUAUUCGCUUCAGACCGUAUCAGAGUCAGGGCUGGCGGGACGAUCGCUUCGAGGAUUUAUUGGCCUUUCGCAAAGCUAACGGCCAUUGCUUUGUUCCGUAUGACUAUCCAACGAACCCAUCCCUUGCCCGAUGGGUCAAACGCCAAAGGUAUCAGUACAAGAUCUAUCCUGAGUCAGAACGUUCAACAAUGACGCCGCAAAGAAUCCGAGCGCUAGAAAGCAUAGGCUUUAUCUGGGAUGCUCAAACGGCGGCUUGGGAAGUGCGUUUGAGCGAGCUGAGGGCGUAUCGUGCCGAACACGGAGAUUGCAAUGUAUUCCGUGCGAAAAGGUGGAGGGACUAA